UAAAAGGGGCAGCAUCUUUAUAGAAAAACUUGCAUAAAACACAUACUAUUUAUUUUGCCUUGCAUUUGUAUUUUAUCCCCCAAGGUGCUGAAAAAGCGAAUUCUCUUUGAACAUAAUUAACAUUCUUAGUAUCUUUAGUCGCUAUCACGCUUAGAUACAACUUUGCAUCCUUAACUUCUUGCUUUGUAUAUUUGAUAAAGAUCGAAAGGCCGUUGGAUUGAAACUUCUCUGUGAUUUCCCUACUCCAGUUCUCUUUGGAAUACUUCGAAAAGCAAACUGUUUCAUAUUUCCUAUCGCAACAAUAAACUCAAUUGCCCUCUAAGCUCGAAACAAUGAAGAUUACUUCCCUAAGUUAUACUCUGGCAUUGCUGGGGUCAUGGAUGCUUUCCACUGUUUUCGCAAACCCCACGACAUGCGGAGCACCAGAAUACAUUAUUCAAAACCAAAGCGAUCUUGAUGUUUUAAGUAACUGUCAAGUCAUCAAUGGUUCUAUCAUCAUGAAUUCAAGUUCAGCCGUCUCGCUGUCGUUGAAUCGGAUCGAAACUGUUACCGGUGACGUUAUUAUCCAGAAUAACUAUUAUUUGGCUUCGGUUUCUCUAAACUCAUUGAAAUCUGUUCACGGGGAACUUCGCCUGGAAAAGCUCACUAGACUCGGUAGUUUGUAUGCUCCUGUUUUGGAAACUGUUGGCUCAUUGAACUUGCGUGUUUUACCAAAUCUUCAGGGAAUUCGAUUCGACAAGGGUGUUAAGCACGCAACCCGUUUGCGCAUUGAGGACACACAAUUAUCUACUCUUGAUGGUAUAUCUCUGAACAAGACCGACACCAUGAUUGUUGUCAACAACAACUAUCUCCGAGAGGUGAACAUGCCUUACUUGGAAGUCGUAAAACAUAAGUUUUAUGUUUCCUACAAUGCCAGGGAAAUCGAUGUUAAAUUACCCAUGCUUCAGCAAGUAGGAGACAUGACUGUUCAGAGAGUCGCUAACAUUGAUCUUCGAAAUCUAAAAACUGUCGAAGGAUUCCUUGGAUUUUUGAACAGUACUAUGAAAGAAGUCUCUUGUCCCAAUAUGACUCGUAUUGGUCAAUCUUUGUUCUUUGUUGGCAACACGAAUUUGGAUUCAAUCAACUUUAAGCAGUUGGAAACAAUUGGUGGUACCUUUAUGAUUUUCAAUAACCAAGAACUGAAAAAAAUCAAGGGAUUUGAGAAGUUGCGAACAGUGUCUGGAUCUAUUGAUUUCAGCGGUGACUUGGCUGAAGUCGAUUUGCCUAGUCUUAGAGAUGUCAAGGGAGGUUUGAAUUUGCAAUCCUCCUCUGAUCAAUUCUCUUGCCCAUUCCGUCAAAGCGAUGGAGUCAUCAAAGGCAAAUCAUUUGUCUGUCGUGGAAACGUAGAGAAUCCAACGAAUGAGGAAGCUACUCUUGAUGACGAUUUUUUGGAGGACGAAAUUGAAGGAAGCCGCAAGGAACCGAAAAAUAACUCCAAGAGCUCAAAUGACUCGAAGGGAAAGUCAGUCGUGAAAGAAGUAUGA